GUCAAACUCGCUGCGCCGCACACUUUCGUGAAAUCUAAUGACUCACGCGCCCACCAGGCUGCGUUGAAAAUAUUACCGGAUUACGGAAAAAUGCAUAAAUCAAUGAGUCCUAAAUUCAUCCCUAGACGGAGAAGAAGGGAGGAACGAAGAAUUAGACCAAAUGAAAAGAAAAAGCAAAAAAAUGACUUGUGGCCGUGUGGGAAGCUAGGGAGGGGCUUGAAAAGUAUCAACUUGUAUGUUUUAGCUGUUGAGGCGUGCACUAAAGCAAACCAUUAGUAGACUAAAGCUAGAUAACAGCAAACUUACUAAUACGUUCGCGAGGCAGAGAUGAUUUGAGGUGGGAGAGACUUAGCCUAGCUCAAUAAAUAGCCUACUCACUCGAGCGGCCGGACAGUUCACUUUCAGAAGAGGCUGUCGCACCAGCGGUGCUGGGCUGAAGAGUUUUUUUUUUUCCUGCAAGCGUGCGUGAAAUUCUCAAGUCAGGGAGCGAGCAAGCAAGAGAAAAGAAGACAGCGAAAACAGUUUUAAAGUUCCUUGAAAUAUGAUCACCUUGUUUUUUCUCGUGAUGUUUGUUCCUCGUGCGCUGUCUUCUUCGACACAGGUGGCGGCCAUCUUCCCCCAGGACCCGUCGCGGCCCAUCGGCUCCAGCCUGACGGCCACCUGCUCCGUCAGCGCCGAGCUGGGGGUCCACGCCAGCACGCUGUACUGGACGCUGAACGGGAGGCGGCUUCCCAGCAGCGCCUACAGCGUCCUGGGCCCCACCGCGCUCAGCGUCACCCUGGCGCCGCUCAACGGCUCGCGCCAGCCGUCCGGCGACAACCUGGUGUGCCACAACGGCGCUGGCCACGUGCUGGCGGGCUCCUGCCUCUACGUCGGCAUGCCUCCAGAGAAGCCGGCCAACCUGUCCUGUUGGUCCAGGAACGGCAAAGACCUCACCUGCCAGUGGUCCCCGGGGGGCCAGGGAGAGACCUUCAUUAGGACCAAGUACACCUUAAAAUACAAACUGAAGUGGUACGGGCGAGAGAGGGAGUGUGAGGACUACAGCAUGGGCCAGCCCUACACCUGCUACAUCCCCCGCGACCUGGCCCUCUUCACGCCCUACGAGAUCUGGGUGGAGGCGGCCAAUCAGCUGGGGUCCUCCACCUCCGACGUCAUCACGCUGGACGUCCUGGAUGUGUUGACCACGGACCCCCCCGCCGACGUGCUCGUGAGUCGCGUGGGGGACCUGGAGGACCAGCUCAGCGUGCGCUGGGGCACCUCCUCGGCCCUCAAGGACGUCCUCUUCCAGACCAAGUACCAGAUUCGCUACCGGCUCGAGGACAGCACGGACUGGAAGGUGGUGGACGACGUGGGCAACCAGACGUCCUGCCGGCUGGCGGGCCUGCGGUCGGGCACCGUGUACUUCGUCCAGGUGCGCUGCAACCCGGUGGGCAUCUACGGCUCCAGGAAGGCCGGGAUCUGGAGCGACUGGAGCAACCCCACGGCGGCCUCCACUCCCCACAGCGAGAGGCUGCUGAGCGGGACCUGUGACCCCAAGUCCAGCGAGCAGAACUCGACGCUGAGGCGGGAGCUGAAGCAGUUUUUCGGCUGGGUGCGGAAGCACGCCUACGGCUGCAGCGGGAUGAGCAUAAAGCUGUACGACCAGUGGAGGGUCUGGCUUCAGAAGUCCCACAAAACGCGCAACCAGGUAGAUUCUACAAGGCGAUAAAUCAUAGCGUAUAAUCAGCUCCUGUAAAAAAUAUAUAUAUAUUAUAAACAAAAACUGAGAACAAAGGAAAAAACAUUUUCAGCGGAGAAACUGGGACAGAGUGCAGCCAGGAAAAAACAGGCUCGAGAUCCCGCGGACCUGCUGGAUCGCGAACAACAAAGACUCGUCUCCUGCAGGAAAUUAUGUGGAACAUUCAAAAACGAUACAGGGGGGGAACGCUGGACCCAGACUGAGCCCCAUCUCUGCACAGAAACGCACAUCACACCAUCAGAACUACAAAAUCCGCCAAGGAGAAACCCAACAGGACCAAACAGCCACAACUGGAUCUAUUUGGGUCGCAUUUCUUUUUCUUUAAAAAAAAUAAUAAUAAUGAUGCUCCAAAUCCAGAGCACUGAGGAAAAGGGGGAAAAAUGUUUAUUCUGAAUGUAGCAUGACUAGGUUUAUUUAUGGUUCUGUCUCCAUGGUAACGAGAGCAGGCAGCUGCGCAGCAGAACCUGGCUGCGCAGCCGGUGGACUGGUGUGGAUUUGACAGGAAUGUUACUGGCAUGAGGAGGCGUGGGCCCAGAACCUCCUCAGCGCUACAAGAUGGCGGAGACCACUUCCCCUUUUAACACCUUCACGCAAAGUGUGUAGCUGAGGUGAGAGGGAAAAGGUGUCAGCAAUUUCGAAUGGGUUAUCGAACCGAAAAAAUGAAAUCUCUGUGCCAGGUUCAUCUGAAUUAAUUUCUUAUUAUGCAAACUGAACGAUGCAUAUACCGAAGUGCUGUAGCCACUGGGUCAUACGGCGCUGUGGUGAAAGGUAGGUCACCUGACAGGGGGGUGGCACCUUAUUACAUCUUAUUGUGGCAAGGGUGUUGCUGGGUACUGUAGUUCCAAGUGGGAUUCAAAGCCCCGCCCCCUGUCUCCCAAGUUCAGAAUACAGAACCCUGAAGUGAAGAAGCAUGACACAAGCCCAUCGUGGAGCUGCUGACUUUGUGACGUUUGAACCGUUUCCCGUGUGUUGUGGGCCAGGGUGUUGGCUUGUUCCCCACCCCAAUGCUGAGCUGUAUUUGACUGUGUGUGUGUGAAUGACUGUACAUAUGAAGACAUUUCUUUUUUGUAUUGCCUUUAUUUUUGUACUGAAUUGUAUCAGCAUAUUUAAUAAUCUAAAGUCAUAAUUCUCUUCCUUAAGUUAUGUGUAGGUCAGUAUCGACAUCAGCGAUAAUGUCAAUUGAGCAACAGUUGCUUGUAGAACAAUAAAAA